AUGGCUUCGGAACCCGACGCGUUCCGCUCGAAAGUGGCUACUUUGGAAACUUAUAAUAAGCCCAACGUUUAUCUUGUCGAUAUGCAAAAGACUCCCGUGGAGAAGAUCACUGAGACUGGAAUCACAACAACAAAUGGGGCGCAUCACGAACUUGAUGUUUUGAUUUACGCAACUGGCUUCGAUGCAAUCACUGGUUCUUUCAGCUCUAUUGAGUGGCAUGCUAAGGACGGCCGCCCGUUGCUGGGAAGCAGUGAUACCAAGGAAGGAGGACAAGCAAUAUGGGUGGAUCACCGACCACAGACCUAUCUCGGUCUAACAGCCUGCUCGAUGCCAAACAUGUUUAUGGUUCUCGGACCUCAUCAACCAUUCGGCAACGCACCACGCACAAUUGAGCAUGCUGUUACUGUCGUCUCGGACCUGCUACAGUACUGCAAAGAUAAUAAUUAUAAUUAUGUUGAGCCAACCCCUGAAGCCGUGGAGAAAUGGACUGAGCAUGUUGUUGAAUGUAGCAAAGGUCACCUUGCUAACGAGGUGGAUGGCUGGAUGACAGGAGUGAACAAGAAUGUGAAGGGCAAGUCUGUUCGUAGUAGUGCCAGAUACUCUGGUAGUGCUGUUGAAUAUCGGCGGCGGUGUUCCGAGUGUAAAGAAUCUGGUUGGGAAGGUCUGACAUUUGCAUGA